GGGACGGACACACCCCCCUGGUCCCUGCAGCCCCCCCGGCUCCCACCCGGCAAGGAGGAGGAGGAGGAGGAUGAAGAAGGGGAUGAGGAUGAUGAGGAAGAGGAGGCUGAGGACGGCGAUGAGGAGGACAUGGCGGGUGAUGCCGAGGACAUCCUGCGCUACGAGGAGCGCAUCGCCGGGCUCCUGGCCACCGUGGCCCGGCUGCACCGACGGGCAGAGCGGCUCCAGUGCCGCCCCGGCAGGGAGGGCGAGGAGGGCUGGGAGGGCACCGCCAGCCCCCCCGCUGCCAGCCCCACGCCGCGGCACCUCGACGGCACUGGCACCGGGCAGGAAGCCCACAGCCCCGACCUCUUCGCCGACCUCCAGCACGCCGUGAGCUCCCUGGAACGCGCCGUCUUCUCCCGGCACCGGCGGCCGCCGGCACAGCCCCUGCCCGGCGAGGAGUGGGCGCGAGCGGCCAAGAGCCUGGAGGAGCUGAGCCGGGCUCCGGGCUGGGCUGGGCGGGUGACCCGGCGGUGCCCGGCGGUGGCUGAGGAGGUGCCGGCGGAGGUGGCGGCGGCGCUGGCGAGGAACGCGGCGCUCCGGGCGGCCGUGGGGCGCCGGGACGAGGAGCUGGGACAGGCCACGGCCGCGCUGCAGGCGCUGCGGGGGGAGCGGGACCGCCUGCAGGGCAAGGUGAGGGACCUGCGGGAUGCUCUGUCCAGCCUGGAGGAGCUGGGGGGCUCUGGAAGUGACGCCCCCGGGGUCAGCAGCCCCCUGAGGCUGCACCAGGAUCUGCCCCAGUGCGGGGACAGUGCUCAGCCCCACGGGGUGCAGCCCCAAGGGAUCCAGUCCCAUGAGGUGCAGCCCCUCAGGAUCCAGCCCCACGGGAUGCAGCCCCUCAGUAUCCAGCCCCACAGCCCCCUGUCCCCCCAGCCCUCGGCGGGUGCCAGCCGGGAGCAGGAGGAGCGGCUGCAGCAGCUGCAGGGGUGCCUGGGGCGGCUGCAGGAGGUGAACCGGGAGCUGGCGGCCGCGCUGCAGGAGUGCAAGAGCGAGGCAGAAAGGCUGAGCAUGGAGCUGGGACAGCACGAGUCCCGCAGCACCGCCCUGCGCCUGGCCCUGCGCUGCAGCGAGCGCUGUGGGGGCGCUUAUGCCGCCCUCCUGGACCUGCUGCAGGCAAAGGUGGGACGGGAGGACGGUGCCCGUGGGGGAGCCGCGGGCGAGCCGAGCCCAGGGCACGCACAGGGGUCCAGCCCCACGGCCACGGAGGGGCCGCAGCUCCCGGGCCCAGCGGAGCCGGACGGGCGGGAGGAGAGCGGGGCCAGCAGCUCCCCCGGGGCACAGAGCACUGCGGCGCCCCGGGGGAUGGAGGAGGGGGCCCUGCGGGAGCACAUCCGCCGGCUGCGCGCCGAGCAGGCGGCCGUCGAGGGGUCCCUGCUGGACGCCCCGGCCCCCCCCGGGGUGACCCGGCACGGCCAGGACGCCCGGGCCCGGGCCGAGAGGGCACUGCGGGACGCCAGGGCGCUGCUGCCGGGCUGGAGGCGGCCCGAGAAGGCAGAGCUGCUGCAGGACCUGGCCAUGCUCAAGGAGGCCAUGGCUGAGCUGAGGACGCGGCUGCAGCUGGCAGAGAGGGAGAAGCGGGGCCUGGAGGUGCUGCUGGCCGGGCAGGGCCCGCGGGAGGCUGCCCUGCGCCUCGUGCUCCAGCACCUGCAGUGGGAGCGGGAGGGGGGCACCCGCCGCCCCCCCAGCAGCUCCAGCAGCUCCAGCAGCAGCGAGGGGGUAAGGAUGGCUCGGAGCCCCCUUCCUGGGGCUGGGGGUCUCCCCAGGGAUGGGACCCACACCCGAUCUCUGCGGGAUGCCCAGAUUGGCCGGGGCGGAGCGGCGGCUCCGCGGAACCCUCCGGAUCCGGAGAGGAUGAGGGAAGAGCUGCUCCGCACCUCGGCCAGGACGGAGGAGCUGCGUGCCCGGGCACAGGAGCUGGUGCUGUCCCUGGAGCAGGGCAGUGCUGCCAGCCGAGCGCAGCAGGCACAGAGUGUCACCGUCACCACGGAUCUGUUCCAGGCGCACAGGUGGGCAGGGGGCACCCAUGUCUCUGCUGGGUGGGCGUGGGGUGCAGCACCUCCUGGGUGCCCUGUGUCCCUUGGGUGCCCCAGAUUCCCUGAGUCCCCUUGGUCCUCUGGAUCCCCUGGGUGUCUUCUGUCCCCUCAGUCCCUUGUGUCCCCUACGGCCCCUGGAUCCCCUUGGUCUCCCGGGUGCCCUGUGUUCCCUCCAUCCCUUCGUCCUCUGGGUGCCCUGUGUCCCCUGGAUACCCUGGGUGUCCUGGAUCCCCCGUGUCCCUUGGGUCCCCUGAAUCCCCUGGAUCUUCUCAAUCCCCCGGAUACCCUGUGUCCCCUGGAUCCCCUGAGUGCCCUGGGUCCCCUGGUUCCCCUCGGUCCCCAUGAUCCCUCUUUGUCCUAAAUCCCCUGGGUCCCCAUGUCCCCCAUAUCCCCCAUGCCCCCCCGUGUCCUUCACGUGCCUGGUGUCCCCUCUGUCCCCCAUAUCUCCUGUGUCCCCUGCGUGCCCGGUGUCCCCUCUGUCCCCCGUGCCCCCCAUAUGCCGGGUGCCCGGGUGGGUGCUGAGCGUGCCCCUCAGCGCCCUGGCCCUGGCGUACCGCGGUGCCCGGCGCAAGCAGGCGGCCCAGGCGCGGCGCCUGGAGGCGCAGGCAGGAGCCCUGCGCAGGCAGCAUUCCCGGCGGGAGCAGG